AUGAAACUCCUCUACCCCACCUCCGUCCCACUUGACGUCCAGAGUCUCCAGGGUUUCUCAGUCUCUCUUCACCCCUACGAUGUAAAGGUUCCAAUCCCAGAGGAGCUGAUUGAUGCCGAUAUCCUCGUUACUUGGGCCAACGCCGCCGACAACCUCAAAGAUGCCGCACAGCGCAUGAAAAACCUCAAAUGGAUCCAAUCCCUGGCAGCUGGCCCCAAUGACGUGUUCGCCGCUGGAUUUGAUCGCUCAAAGGUCAUCGUGACAACCGGUGUAGGCCUGCACGACGGUCCCGUCGCCGAGCACGCGCUCGGCCUCCUCCUAACCGGAGCCCGCCGCUUCUACGAAAUGCGCGAUUACCAACUCCAAUCUAAAUGGCCCGGUCACCUUGGCGGCUCCUUCCCCCGAAGCGACUUCACUACAUUGCGCAACUCUCGCGUGUUGAUUUGGGGUUUCGGUAGCAUUGCUAAGAAGCUCACUCCCUACCUGACCGGUCUUGGAGCUGAGGUGAAGGGCAUCGCUCGCAGCCACGGAGUGCGAAACGGUGUCGAGGUUUUCGGUGAAGAUAAAUUGGCCGAGCUCUUGCCUCAGACGGAUGCUCUUGUUAUGAUUCUCCCUGGAUCUGAAUCAACAAAUAACGCCCUGAAUGCCGAGAGGCUCAAGUUGCUGCCGAAGCACGCGUGGCUCGUUAAUGUUGGACGGGGAACAUCUGUUGAUGAGGAUGCGCUGGCGGAUGCGCUGGAGAAAGGUGAAAUCGCGGGCGCUGCGCUUGAUGUGUUCAAGACCGAGCCUCUUCCUGAGUCUAGUCGGCUAUGGAAGACUCCUAACCUUGUUAUUUCUCCACAUGCUGCUGGUGGAAGGCCUGAGGGCUGCACUGAGCUCAUUGCGGAUAACCUGCGACGCUACUUGGCUUCGCAGCCGCUCAAGAAUGUUUUAUGA